CGGUCGGAUCCAGUAGCUUCGUAACAACUCUGCUGGUUAAACGUAACGUGGAAAUUGGUUUGUGAAGAACAAGAAGAGGAACAUUUAAGAAUUAAAGUAACAACAGCACGACUGCGAAGACGAAGACGACAGUAAGGCCACCAACACACAAAUAAUCUAAAACAGAAAUGACAAAGGACAGCAGAUUAUUACUUUAAACAGAAUUUUGCAGUAGCAAAUAAAAAGUAUAAGCGAGAAGUAUGUCAAAUAAAAACUUUUGUUAAUUUUCACAAAACCAAUAAACCAGCAAUAAAACUAAAACAAACAGACUUGACAAAUAAACCAAAACUGAAUAUCUACAGACAUUCAAGCAAAACCAUCCAUUUUCGAGCUUUACAGUAACCACACAUAUGCGAAGCACACACACAACUACACACCAAAACAGCUGACACAUGCAAUAUUUUGUUAAUUGACUGCAAAAAAUGAAUUGUGUAAAAUUUUGUUGAGCGAAAAAUACCCAAAGACGCUAACAAUUUAAUGAAUAUUACUGAACUUUAAAAAGGGUGAAACAUGUAAAAUUAUGCUACAAAAACAAUAUAUAUACCAAAAACAAAAAAAAACCAAGAGCGUCACAUAGCUCUGACAAUUUGCAAAAAAAAUAUGUUUUCCCAUAAAAUAUUUGAAAAUUCAGCAAAAACUUCAAAUUAAAUUUUUACAGCAGCAAAGUUCUUAAAUUUGCUCUAUAGCCACAGCAAAAAGCAUUACACGCAGAGAGCACGAGUGAAGAGUACCCCCAUUGACAUCAGGAGAAAACCAGUACAGGAAGCUACCGAACAACAACAGCAAAACAACCAUUUCAACACGUACCAGCGAGCACUCAGGAAAGAUCUACCAACCCACAGCAAAUGAGUGAAAACCAAAUCAGCUGCAAAUAGGCAAAGCCGUGAAAAAGAGGCUCCAACAAACAACUGAUAUCUCCAGCCCCACGAAGUAGCCGCGGAACGAAGGCUUUUGAGCCAAAUAGUCGCCACAUAGCCAAGAAAGCGCCUAGCAGCUCAGUGCAAACGACAGCCGACAUCAGUAGCAGCUGGGAGAGCGUCGAGUAAGCAACGUCAGUAAAUUUGGCAAACGACAACGAAAAAGAAGAACGAGCUCGCUCAAAGUAAACGGAAAUUAUCAAAGACGAGACGUGACCACGACGCGCAGGCAAAGCUACUGUAGAACAACCGGCAAAUUGGUAAGCAAGCAAAUGAAAAGAAAAAGAAACGCAUAAGAACUUGAAGGGCUCUCGAAAGAAAAGGAAGUGACAUUUGUGAAAUAACUCCAUUUUCAAAGAUAAAAAAACAGGUGAGGCAAGCAAAGCAAAAAGCAAGACGAAGAAAAUUUGCCGAACCAGCCGUUUUUGCCAUUAAAUUUGUGGUAGCAGUCAAGUAACACAGCAGAAGCCGGAAAAAAUGCAGACAAAGGUUUUACUGAACGCCGCAGAAAACUGACAAGAAAAUAUACAAAAUUCUCGCAGAGCCACAAAUCAGUGAGAAAAGGAAACGGCAGUGAAAUAGCAGUGAAGAAACAGAAAGCCGCAAUUAAAGAGUGCCCAAGAAACCGCAAAAGUACGUAAACCAUAAACUAAGAAAAAAUCAAGGCGAAGAUAAAAAGCACAAACGAGCCGACAAAGCGAAGCGGAAGGCGAAAACAUUUUACAAUAAUAAGAAAAAAUCGAAUGCGCUGCAGGCGAAUAUCCGGCCUACAUGCAGAAAGCGUCAAUCAGCGCAAGAAAACGGCAACUGAGUGAACAGCAGAUAACAAAAAAUUAAAGGCACACAAAAAAACAAAAACCAGUGUGAAAAAGGCUAAAAACCACAAAUUUAACAAAAUAAAAAUUCAAGUGAUAUUUUAGUGCUGUGAAUGAGUCGAAACGGAGUUGACGAAGACGAAGCCUACAAAGCAGAAAAAGAAAAUCUGUAAAAGGCAGCUGAAGGAAACUCCCACGACCAAAAGCCAGCGAGACAAAAGCUGAAAAUACGCAAAAUAAGCAGAGAAAAUCAAGUAAAGCCACAAAAGCUGCAAGCAAAGGCAAAACGCUGCUGGGGUGAAAAGAAAAUUCACUAGACGAACACAGAUUUCUACAAAGUAGUUGGAGGGCGGCGUAAAAUAGAAUUAAGCUUUUGUAGCGAUUCAAAAUCUGUGAAAACUCAACCUGAAGGCAGAAAAGGGCUGGAGAUUCGAGCAACAGCAAAGCAGCAGCUUAAAGAGGCGCAGUGAAAUUUUCUUAAGCGUAAAAAUACACAAGUUCAGGGAUAUAAAUCAUUUCAUUUUUUAAAAAUUAAUAAUAACAAACGAAUAACUCCAAAAAUAAAUAAUAAACUCUUAAACAAAAAAUUGCGCAAUUAAAACUUAAAAAGAAAAAAUAAUCAAAAUCAGCAAUUAAAGUUGGGCGAAAAAUUGGUUAUGAAAGUUGGCGAGAAUCAAUGCGGAGCACAGCAAAAUGUAAAUUUAAUAUCUAACGAAGCGAAAUCCAAACGCAAUGGUUUAGAAAUUUUUCAACAAGAAAUUCUCAAAAUCAUUAACGAAAAUAUUUACAAAGCCAUGCGCGAGCAAUAAGGAAAUAAUUAAUAAAAUUAAAAACAAAUAGGAAGCAGCGUAGAACAAAUAAACAACUACUCCUUUUUUAACGCCUUUUUAAAAAAUACAAAAACCAACAAAUAACAAAGUAAUUACAAAGUAAUAAAAUAAUAAUAAUCAAAGAAAUUUUAAUAUUAAAUUAUAAAACAACACGAAAAAGCUAAUUAGAAUAACAAAUUUGGAAGUGAAUCAGUGAUGGUGACAAAGCAAAGACAAUUUCAAAUUGAACUUAGUUGUUAUUUUCAAAUUUCGUUUUUGUUAAUUAAAAUAAUAAAGCAAAAACAAAAACUACUGCUAAUAGACACCACAAUUUAAUUACUGUUUAAUAAUUGUUGAAAAAGCAAAAAACUACGUUUAAACAAAAAACCAAGUAUAACUUAAUAAGACUACAAAGCAACCCAGUUUUAGCAACGCACUCGAGCAAAAAUGUGCCGUAAAGCAAACGACGAUUGAAGUAACGGAAAGUUUUGCAGAAAGCAAUCGCACAGCCGCGACGGUCGAAUGAUUGUAUCUGGCGUAGUAGCAUAGCAGUUUUGUGUCGUUUUGUGUUACGUUUUUCUAACUCUGUGUUUAAUUUUAAUUAAAUCAAAACAAUUUUUGUGAUUAAAGUGCAUUUCUAAGCGUAAUUUAAUGAAAAAUUAAUCUUAAUAACAUAAAAACAAAUUUUAAAAAACAUUCAAAUACAAACUGCAAAAACUCCAACACAAAAUAGUAAGUUCACCAAUUCAAACACACAAAGCCCAAAAAAUAAAAAUAAAUAAAAAAAAUCAGCGUGAAUUUGCAAUUUUCGUUCAGACGUUUGAAGAUAAGUUUUCCACCCGCGCUCAGUCGCUGCAGUUAACUGCAGCGCCAACAUCAUUAAAAUUGGCAACACUACAACAACGCGCAACAAAAACCACAACUCAUCCACAGCAGCUACCACUUCAAGUGCAAGCGCCGCAGCAAUUGGAGCAGCAGCAGCAGCUGAGGCCACCACCAACAAUCGCCACAUCGCCCAUCGCACUAACACGCCCACAACACCCACUACGACCAUUAAGAAUUUAUUUGCGUUUGUUAGCACCGCUACCGCCGUCAGUGCAGCGGUCGAUAUACCGCCCAGUCCGGUCACAGAGGCAGCCGUUGAAGCGACCACCGUCAAUCAGACGCCGCGAUAUUUGGACGAAGCCAUCGCAGCUAAACGACCACAACAACAGCAGCAGCAGCAACAGCACCAGAAGCAGGAGCAACGCAACAGCGAAAGGUUCAAAGGUGUUGCGGCGACACAGCAGCCAGGAGCGUUCGCAGCGGCAGCGCAUACGCGUAGUGGGCAACGGUCAACAGUUACUAAACGGCAGCCGCAGGCUAAAGACGCGUCUGAAAGUGAAGUCGAAAACGAAGUGGAAGCAGAAAGGCGACUUAGAGGUCGAGAAUACGGCGGUGCCAACAGUGACGUUGACGACGACAGCGAGACUGAAAUCGAUAUUGAAGUUGAGCAAGAAGUCGAACGUGAAGGAGCAGAACUGACGCUGGCAGCGGCAGAGGGUCGGGGUGAGGGUAGCGACGUGUACGGCGACUUCGAAGCACAAUUCGAACUGGAGGCCGAAGUGGAUCGUCACGCCAACGAUUUGAUCCACAUCGAUCAAGUCUUCGAGGAGUUGCGACAGAAAAUGGAAGUGCUCUCAGUACAAAAUCAAUAUCAGGGACAAUUCGGUGUCAUCGGUUCAAGCAAAGUUAAAGACUGGACGAGUCCGUUAACGCCACCACCACCACCACCAUCAUCAUCAUCACAACUGCUAUCAACAAGCAACAGCAUCACCAGUGACAACGUUGCGCACAAUCAACGCAACGGCAACGGCAACAACAACAACAGAAACGUUAGCAACUACCAAAUAAAACAGGACGAGGAGCAGCUCCUAGAGCUGUACACCGAAGGCGCAGUAGAGGGUGGGGACGUUGUUGACGGCGGAAAUUGGUCAGCGCCACUAAAACAAGCAGAACAACACUACAAUCAUCAUAAUUAUCACCACGAGCAGCGACAGCAACACUUUUAUUACAACAAUCACCACUACGGUGGCACCCACCACACUAACAACUACCACCAUCAUAAUCAACCACACCCCAACAAUUACCACCACUAUCAGAAACAACAACAACAACAGCAACAAUACUGCAACCACCAACAAUACACCACUGGGCAACAAAAACAAGCAAAGCAACAGAAAUCGCAAAAAGCCAACAACGCAACAACAAAAGAAGAGAACACCAAAGGCGCCUUCAACGACAACAUGUUCUACUAUGAGCCACCAGUGACUUCGGCCAUUACACCAGUGGGCACACCAACAUCGGGUAGCUGCUUCGGUAGCGCCACCACUGAUGUGGACAUCGCCGCCGUCAAUGAGCUGGCGCAGCGGGUGCAGACGGAGUUGCGGGAUGCCAAGAAGCGUCAUUUGGACUGCACUGAAGUCUCAUUGCCAUUUAAUCUCAUGCCGCGCAUUGCGGCCGAAAUAAUCAAGGCUUCGGAGCGGGAACCGUGUGGCGUGCGUGGCUGUUCGCUGUACAUCGAUUUCGAGUGUGAGCCGAGCAAUGUGAGACGCAUUGCCUCGUUCAAAGUGGAUGACUCCACCGUCUCCACCUUCGAGUUGUAUCUCAUGCUAAAGCAGGACAAGAGCGGCUGGACCUCUUUGUUGCCACAAUUUAUCAAAAAUCUUACACGCAGCAACACCAUUUUGGUGAGCCCCGAUUUCACGCUGACCAAAAACAAGCUUUACUCCUGCGAUUAAUGCGCUUAAGCGAAUUCCAGCUGAAUGGUUGCGAGAAGAGAGAUUUUUUUUAUUAUAUGUAUACAUACCAACCCAGAGAUCUCAUUUAUUCUCCUUCACACAACCACAAACAAAGCAUAACAAAUACAAAGUAAUGAACGAAACGAAAGGACCUUAAACGAAGGGCAUCAGAAUUUGGUCAAUUGCGUAUUAGCUGUAUGGAAUAGACAACUUAUACGCUAUUCAUUUUUUUUAUUAAUCAAAUGGGCGUGGCUUUAACUACAACUACAAAAGAAAACUUCAAACAAUUACUACAACAAAACCAGGAACAACGCAUAACGAGAAUACUUUACUUUCUCAACAAUCCCUCCGAAUUUCAUUAUUUUUACUGGACACCACAAACAAACAGUCGAAAGAGGCAAUAAAAAUAACGAGUUGCAGGUAGGAAAAGGAUGUGAGGUUAGAAAUAAUUGAAACCGCUAAGGAAGGCGCUGGAGAUUUCGGAUUAAACAAAUGCAACAACCCCCAAAAAAUCAAAAAAGCAAAUAAACUUGGAUCACACUUUUUCUGUUCGCUAAAUUGCUAGAGAAGUCGAAAGCAAGUUUCGGAAUAUGGCGCAUACAUAAAUACAUGAAACAAAAAAGCGACAAUUACAAUUCAAUUCGUAUCAACUACAACUACAAUAGCAGCAACCACAACUCAAUAACAUUUGCAGGCAAAGAAGAUAAACACAGGAAUGCCAACGGCAACAAAUGAACCAACAGUUACCGGCUAAAUAAUUUGGACCGAAAACUUAUGAAACUAACAAAGGGGUAAGAGUUAUGCAAUUAAGGUGCAGAGAAAUUGUAUGUAACGGCAAAGCAGUACGAUUUUGCGUACCAACGGUGCGCGAUCGUUGAGGACUAAGAAGCAAAAGCAGUAAAAUUAGUGACUACUAUUUUGGGAAUACUGCAUUCGUUAGAAGAAGAGAAGAAGAAGGGAUAAAAUAUUUGUAAUUUAUAAAAUUAAUAACAAAAACAAACAAAGAAACAUUAAAUCGGACGCCUACGCUAACGUCCAACACUGUAUUUAUGGUAGUAUUACGUAAAUAACAAACCAACAAACCAACAAACAUACAAACAAGCAAGCAAGCAAGAAAAGCUCUUUAACUUAUUUCCUUUUUCUAUGCAAUGAGAAAUUUAAUGGCGAUUUUUUCAUAAACCUACAAAAUGAAAACAGUUUUGAAAAAAUCAAAUAAGCAAAUAAGAAACUCUUAAAACUUUAAGAUAAGCGAUGCAAAACGCAAAAACAAACAAAGUCGAUGUGAUAUUAAUUAAUGAUAACUAAUUGAUAGUAAGAGAGAAACAAACUAAUAUUAAAUUAAAAUUUAAAAAACAAAAUAGUGGUAAAACACGAAUUUCAACACAGUUUUUCUUAUUAUCUACUUAAUUUGGCCAAAGCAAUUUUUUUCUUUAUUCCAAAAUGCAAUAGAACAGGAAUUAAGUAGAAUUAUAAAUGUGAGUAUUGGAGUAUUGGAAGUAAGUGGCUGGGUUGUUGUGGAAAGAGAAAACAUAGACGCAGGCUGCGACAAAGCGACUCAGACGGCAUUGGCAGUAAGCAGGAAGCGGCUGAGUGAAGGCAGUUGGCAGCAGCGUGAAGGCAGCAGUGCGGAGUCGCGAAGCAGUAAGACGUUGUCACGCGCCGAUGGAUUUUUUGCGGUAGAGUGAAGCAGUGAAACAUUUAUCAAGAGUAAGAAUUAUUGGAAGCAAAUGUUUUAGGUAUUUUUCUAUUUUUGGAGACUUUAAAGAUGCAUUGAAAUAAUAAUUAGCUGCGGAUGGCAAAAAGUCUAAAAAAGGGCGCAAGAGCAAUGGAAGAUUUAGUGCUAGGAAAUAUUCGCCAGUUGUCGUUAAAGCAGUUGCUUAGAGUGGCAAUUGGGAUUUUGUAAAUCUUUUAUUUUUCAAAGUGUUGCUUAACGUAAAUGCUGCUAUUUCAGUACUUUGCACUGGUUUUAAUUAAUUUCUUCUUUUUUUUUGUAUGUAUGCAUCUAUAAAAUAUUUUUGCUUAUGUUAGGUUGACCUGGCUGGCUGAAGAUGGAGCUAGACUUUUACGUUUCUUUGUAGUAGAAAUAAAAUACUUUAACUAUGCAUGAAUUUGCUCAUAAAUUUCUUCAAAUAAUUCGCAAAAGCUAUAACUUUUUUCAAUUGCCAUCAAAGCGAAAUCCAUUUAAGUUAUUAGUUGGCGCUGAUUUUACAAAAAUCACUGCUAGUUUUGCUUUUAGUUUCAUAUAUAUUUUCUAAAUCAAAAGUAAAAUUAUUGAAAAAUUAUUUAACAAUCUUGAAAUUAUGCAUUAACAUGAAAGUUCUAGUUAAAUUCUUUUAAACAUUUUUUUGUAAAUUUUUUUUUAUAUUUUUGAAUUUUUCGUAAUUUUUGUACACUGAUUUUAAUAUAUUUUAAAUCCUUAAAAUAAUAACAAAAAUUGGUUGAGCUUAAAACUAAAGUAUUUAAAAAUCUUGCAAUUGCGCGUUAACAUGAAAGUUUUAGUUAACUUUUUUUUAAUUUUUUUUUUGUAUUUUAUUUUAAUUUUUUACACUGAUUUAGAUAUUUUUUUGUUUCACUUGUUUGACACAAAUCGGCCUGUUUUUUGUGAUUAAGCAUACGUUUUUUUGUUUCUAAUUAAUUUUUAUGAAUAAUUAAAAAAUUUUUAGACUUAGUUAAACUAAAUUUUCUUUUGUAUUGAUAUUUGCAUAUUUAAAGGACUUAUUUGAAAGGGCUUAAAUGCUUUUAUAUUUCAAAUUUUUAAUUUCUUUUAAAAUUUUUAAUUUCUGUUACAAAUAUUAAACUUUUAAAUUUUUACUUAUCUAAAUUUUUUAAUAUUAAAAAAAAGAUUUUUAAAUUAAAAGAAAAAUUAAUUUUAAAUUUAAUUUGAUUUAGAAUUAAAGUAAAAUCAAAACAAAAAUUUUUAAUGUUAAAAAACAGUUUUAAUUUAAAUUCUAAGUUUUGAAUUAAAAAAUGUAUGUAUGUACUUUUAGAAUCUAAAUUUAAUUUAAUUUAAAAUUUUUAAAAAAAUUUUUGUUACACUUUGCAAAAAUUAAAAAAUAAAAAUUUGUAUUAAAUAAUUUUUUCUAACUGUAAGCAGCUACUUGUACGACAACAUAGGCAUAUUGAAAGCUCUUUAAGCCAAUAUACACAUUACUGUUUUUCCAAUUAUCUAUAACUGGUUUUCAAUUAUGUACGCCUCCUCCUAAACUUGUUUCAAAUCUUUUUUGCUACCAUUCAUUAUUCGGAGCUUAUUUGCUUUUUUUUUCUUUUCAAAUAAAUCCCACAAAUUACAUACAAAUAAAAGCACUCACCGCACUCAGUACAGUUAGAGUGCACUGAAAUAAGAUCCAAUGAAAUUUAUUUACGUAAUGUUACAAAAUUGAAAACUAAUUUCACGCUUGUUAAAUGGAUUAAUUUCAUCCAUUUUUGUGGUACACUUAAACACACAUACCAACACCCACAAAACAAACAAUCAAUAUAAUGCGUGUAUGUAGUAGUACAGCGCGAAUAGUGUAGCGUAGAUGUUAGCAAAUUAGUUAAGAAAAAAAAAACGAUGAAGAAGACGAAGGACGAAGAAGAAGGAAAAGCAGAACAGCAAAUUACAAUAUAAAAUAGCCACCCAGCUCUUUCAAACAAUAAAACAAUAGAAAAUUCAAAUCCAAAUGCAAAAAAAAAUAAUAUUUAUGUA